AUGCGCCGCUCUUCGCUCGUGCUUGCUUUGGGUGGCCUCUAUGCUGCCAGCGUAUCGGCCCAAACCUGUGCGCCCCAAUACGCACAGAUUGCCGACUGGAUUGACGACUACCAACCGGCCAAGGUAUGGUGCGCUUCGAGGUAUGGGGCUCCCACGACCACAGUUGUCGCCACACAGACCAUCCGCCUUCAGCAGAAGCGCGCUGCCCCGACUCACGUCUUCGCCAACAUCGGGUCCCACAACAAGCCUCGCCCUGAUGAGGACCAUGAGCCGCACCGCUACAAGAGGCAGGGGACCUCCGCAUCCCGGGGGCAGUUCUACUACGACCUCAUGAACCAGCAGAGCAGGAGCGCGUGGGUGCAGGGCGUCUGCGGGUGCAUAGUCGAUACCGUGACCAAGACGGUCACUACGAGAGUCACACUUGGGCCUGGGGCUGAAACAAAUCUCCUUGUAGACCGGCCGAACCUCGUCCACAGCGAGGACCUCUACAACCAGCAUCAGGACUUCUUCGACUUCCUCGACCCUGAGGACGUCGACCCUCCCGGUGCAGUUGCCCAGACCAUCCACCACCUCUUCUUCCUCCUCCUCCUCCUCCUCCUCCUCCUCCUCAACGUCACCAAACGUCCUCGUCCGCCCCUCGGCUUCAGCAGCGCCACCUCCCCUUCCGCCCUCUGCGGCCGCUCCACCGCAACUCGGAAGCUCCGUCGGGCCGCCUGCUGCGCCGCCGCCGCCGCCUCCCGGCCCACCGCCCUCGUCUCAGAACGUCCCGUCCCAGCCCCUCAGCCCGCGGCGCCCUCCAACCUCCCAGCUCAGCCGACGGGCUUCGCUCCGCCGCCGCCGCCGCCGCCGCCGCCGCCCGCCCCAGGGGCCCCCGUCCAGCAAGCGGGGUGCGUGGAAGGGCUGUACGCGGGCCUGGGCGCGUGCCAGUGCGGGUACAACGUGCUGUGCGGGUGGACGGGCAACUGCGGCAGCGCCGACGGGACCGUCGUGACGCCGACGGCGUCGUGGGUCGACUGCGGCAAGCUGUGCGACGACAACAGCGACUGCACCGCGUGGACCUACAGCUACGACUCGGGCCUGUGCACCGAGAUCACCGACCCGGACUGCAGCACCGACCUGUUCCAGACCAUCGCGGACCCCAACUCGGCGCUGGGCGUCUAUGCGGGGACGGAUUGCGGGGGUGUGUGUUUGAUUUGA